AUGUCUCUGGUUCUUUUAUGCGGAUUUAAGCCCACCGGGAGCAUUUAUAGGUAUUUUAGACCCCCAACACUCGUCAAAGGAAAGCGUCUUUACGAGAACAGCCACGUCUAUCAGGUUCGUGAAUUCGACGGCAAAGACAUUACAGCUAAGUGUUUCUCGCAGCAAAGCAAGCACGUCUACGAUGUGGAACUCCACCUAACGGCUGAGCCCCGCGAAAUAGCGAGCGGCAAGUGCAGUUGUCGUUAUGGGUAUCUCGGCAACUACAAGCGCUGCGCGGCUGUGGCUAUCUUCGUGAAUGAGCAUGAGCACCCGUCGUGUACCAGUGUUGCGCAAGCAUGGGGAAAGCCAGCGGGUAAACCGGCGCUUAAUGAUAAAACCUCAUUCGAAGAGCUUUUUGGAGGACUACUGGUGGAGAGAGAGAAUUGUGCAAGGAAAGGUUUCGAAAUGUGUUUGUACUAA